CUUUGCUGCAACAGCACACAACAGCAACGCUCCAAGAAAUCCUACAAAAACACUCAGUCAUGGAGAAUAAACAGCUCUAUAGCGCUGUUUGUUUAGAAUCAUAAUCUUGUCUGUUGGUAAUUGUUGGUAUCGAUACUGCUGGGCAACAUAGGAAAAAUUAGAGUGCAGAAUGGGGGUGGAUGCUGCAUCGGACUAGGUAUCCGGCCAAGAACCUCGUAUUCCUGGUACGCGGACCCGGCUGUCAAGUAUACCUAGCGAGUCGACAAGUAAUGCGGAGGUCUUGAUCAGAUUGCAACAUAAGAGACGGCUUCGCAUGUCCUCUACCGCUGGGUAACUGUAGAGUCAACACAGCACGAACGAACAUGCAUGUGUGUUGGAUCCUUCUACAUCUGUUGCUGAGCGUAACCCACGCUCAGCACUCAACCAUUAACAAUCCUAUCCUACCGGGCUUCCAUCCUGAUCCCAGCUGCAUACAUGUGCCAGAAUGGGACAACACAUUCUUUUGUACGGCAUCCACAUUCAAUUGGUUUCCUGGACUUCCUGUUUAUGCAAGUAGAGAUCUACAGCAUUGGAAGCUCGUAUCGAACGCUCUCAGUCGGCCGGAGCAGCUACCAUAUAUGGCCUAUAACAAUCGCGGACAAAGCGGAAUCUACGCACCCACGUUGAGAUACCAAAAUGGCACCUUCACUAUCAUAACGACUCUGGCCAAUCAGGCAUUGCCAAGAGAGAACCUCACGCGAUGGGAUAACAUCAUAUUCAACACCCAAGAUCCCUACGGCGAAUGGAAUGAUCCUAUUCAUUAUUACGGCCCUGGUAUUGAUCCUUCGCCAUUCUGGGACGAGAACGGCAUAGCCUGGGUGUCAAGCACAUUCAACUCAUCCGGUGUAGUACAUGCACCCGUCAAUCUCACGACCGGUGAAGUCACGCUACCUUUCAACUGGCUCUGGAAAGGCACAGGCGGCGCCGCACCAGAAGCAGCCCAUGUCUACAAGAAAGAUGGGUGGUACUAUGUCCUGCUCGCUGAAGGGGGUACGCGUGAGAAGCAUAUGGUUACCAUGGCUCGUUCGCGAAGCUUGCACGGUCCUUACGAAGGCUCACGUAACAAUCCGCUACUGACGGCUUUCAGAAACACUGAGUCGUACUUUCAGGCCGUAGGACACGUUGACCUUUUCCAAGACAAAACUGGGCAGUGGUGGGCUACAGGUCUCGCAGUCAGAGCAGGCGGCAACUACGCAGACGAUCCUUACCAUGCCAAUUUUCCAAUGGGUCGCGAAACGUUUCUCACGCCUGUCACUUGGUCUGAAGGCGAGUUCCCAGUCUUUGAAAAUGUCUCAGGCACGAUCGCUGCGAAUGUGACGCUUCCCCAGCUACUAGAUCCGGACAGUGUCCCGUCCGCAGGUAUCGGUCAACUCGUAGACGCCGAUGAUCACAUAGAGUUCCCACCUGAUGCCUUGCUUCCACCGCAUCUUCUACAUUGGCGCCUCCCACAUGAGAAGAAUUAUGUCGUCUCACCACCAGGCCACCCUCAGUCCCUGGCCCUCUACGCUUCAAUGUUGAACCUCACUGGCUAUGACGGUGACUCCUCUCUUGGACGAGACCAAACCUACAUUUCCCGCCGUCAAGCACAUUCCCGCUUCCGAUUCAGCGUCGAGAUCGACUGGUCAAGACUUUCGCGCGACUCUGAAGAGACCGGUAUAUCAAUCUUCCAAGAUCAGAGCCAGCACUUUGAAAUCAGCGUCAUCAUGAAAAGCAGCUUGGAACCAAGAAAUCUGACAAGUGGGACACUGUACCCAGUACCAGCGAACGAGUAUGGGUUGAUCGACGAUAAUGCGCGAUUUGUACCUGAGGGACCGGCACGAGCGUACAUCAGGUUUGGAGGACUCAGUACGACAGCGUGGCGACGACCGGAGACCAUGCGUUGGGUCGAAGAAUUGACCGAGUUGCCCACAGAGUGGCAAGAUGGGAAGUUGAUGUUUGAGAUUGAGGCGGUAAAUACUACGCAUUACAGUUUCUCAGCUGGGCUGGCAGAAAGUGAUGAGGAUUUGAAGCUGUUCGGCUGGGCUAGGGGUGAUGAGCUGGUUCCUGUAUACUCUGGAGCAACUGUUGGCGCUUACGCUACAAGCAACGGUCGCUAUGGUGAACGUGCCUUUGCAGCAUACGUCUCGGACUGGCGAUACGAAGGUCUUGAACAGGUGAGAUCUGAGUGAUACGGA